AAACCACAUUUGUGAUUUUUAGUUGCAGGAAUCAGAAAUGAGAGUUCUAAUCACUCCUCCUCACUUGUCCUCCUGAUCCUGACGCAUUCUGAGUAAAAACAUCCUGAUCACAAGGUUGGGGGUGGGGGUUACCCAGUUCAUGCAGAAGGGGGAGGGUAGAGUUGGAACUUGAAGGCCCUAGGAUACAUGAUGGAUGCCUUUCCUUGCUUAGAUCCUGUUCUGGAGUUAAAGAUGGGAAAGUUUGUCCAGUCCUAGAGCUGGUUUUCCUUGAAGGACCAAGUGGUUAAUUAGCGACUGAAGGUCCAGAGAUCUAAUCCUGUCUUCUUUAAGGCUCUGCGUGUCGAAUCCAGUUAGAAACUGAAAUCCAAACCCCAUAUAUAAUUACCUUUCUAUCCCAGUGACCUUCUUUCCCUCUUUCUGCAUAUCUGUUUAUGGAAGAAAAGGGAGUUUACGGAUGUGAUUUGAUGACUGAACAGAUGCUUAUGAUCUGUCACAUGCUGUGUGUUAGGAAAUUAUUUGGAGACACUCAUGUGACUGGACAUAGACGGGGGAUUUUAACAGUUGAGGCAUAAUGCUCAUCAGGCAUCCCGACAUCUGAGAGUGUUAGCAGCAGAGUCACAUGUGGAUCCAUCAGAACCCAGGGCUCUGACUGCAGUGCUGUCACAAGCCAGGAAUGUUGGUUUUGAUUACUUUUAGGACCAGUUUCAUCUGGACUUUCUGGGCAUGCACGCCCUCAGCAAUACCAGGCUAGGCAACUAGUUCCCUUUCUGGAAGUGAUGACAAAUUUACAGCUUCACAAACUAUAAUUUUGGAAGCUGUGGUUUCCUUUUUAUUACUCUUUCCUAGCCUUUUGUGUUUAAUUCCUUUAUCCCAGAGGUGAGAGAAUCAAAUGUCAUGGAGGUGGAUCAUAACAGGAAAUGAGUAGGAAAAGAUUGUAACCCCUCAAUAUUAUAAUGAAGGAUAUUAAAGAGGAAGGAUGGGAGAGAACAAGAUUGCGUCCUUCAGUGUUCUUAAGUCCUUCCAUUUCUCUGUCACAGAAGAAGGUAAGUUCCAACUCAGUAAUGUGUGUUGUGGUCUUUUUUGUUCCUCUAAAGACAGUCAUGUGAAACCAGAUACUCUCCAACCUGACACAUAAAGCUGCACACACACACAGGCACUGCACAAACCCACUGCCUCCUUCCUUCCCGACACCCCUUCUCAGCGCUCCUAUCCCCGCCUCCCGACCUUAUCCAAAUUUUCCAGCCAACUGCUGGAACUGACUUCCGCAAUCUUGAUGGAAUAAAUCUAGCACCCCAGUCGUCCGCCCACAUUCGGCACACUCCUAGCUGAAAGGAGCCACGUAGAUUUCCUUCAGAAGGAUGUGGGGUCUCAGGAUUCUGCUGCUACCGCUUGUGAGUUUUGCUCUACAUCCUGAGGAGCUACUGGAUACGCAAUGGGAGCUAUGGAAGAAGACCUACAGCAAACAGUAUAACAGCAAGGUGGAUGAAAUCUCUCGACGCUUAAUUUGGGAAAAAAACCUGAAGCAUAUUUCUAUCCAUAACCUUGAAGCCUCUCUGGGUGUGCAUACAUACGAACUGGCCAUGAACCACUUGGGGGACAUGACCAGUGAAGAAGUGGUUCAGAAGAUGACUGGGUUCAAAGCACCCCCCUCUCGUUCACGCAGUAAUGACACCCUUUACAUCCCUGACUGGGAAGGUAGAGCCCCAGACUCCGUGGACUAUCGGAAGAAGGGAUACGUCACUCCUGUAAAAAACCAGGGUCAGUGCGGUUCCUGUUGGGCUUUUAGCUCUGUGGGUGCCCUGGAGGGCCAGCUCAAGAAGAAAACUGGCAAACUCUUAAAUCUGAGUCCCCAGAACCUGGUGGACUGUGUGUCUGAGAAUGACGGCUGUGGAGGAGGCUACAUGACCAACGCCUUCCAGUAUGUGCAGAGGAACCGGGGCAUUGACUCAGAAGACGCCUACCCGUACGUGGGACAGGAUGAAAGUUGUAUGUACAAUCCAACUGGCAAGGCAGCUAAGUGCAGAGGGUACCGAGAGAUCCCUGAGGGAAAUGAGAAAGCCCUAAAAAGGGCAGUGGCUCGAGUGGGACCCAUUUCUGUGGCCAUUGACGCAAGUCUGACCUCUUUCCAGUUUUACAGUAAAGGUGUGUACUAUGAUGAGAACUGCAAUAGUGAUAACGUGAACCACGCGGUUUUGGCAGUGGGAUAUGGCAUCCAGAAGGGAACCAAGCACUGGAUAAUUAAAAACAGCUGGGGAGAAAGCUGGGGAAACAAAGGCUAUAUCCUCAUGGCUCGGAAUAAGAACAACGCCUGUGGCAUUGCCAGCCUGGCCAGCUUCCCUAAGAUGUGAUUCCAGCCAGCCAAGCCCAUCCAAGCCCGUCCUGCUCUCCCACGGCUCAGCAAUGUAGCUUCGUGACCCUUCCUCACAGGGAGCCGCCAGGCCAUUCUUGAAGUAGAAAUGCUGUUACCGCUCACUCUCCCCAUUUGUUUAUGCAUGAAGUGAGACUCCUGUUGGUUUCCUUCUCUGCACUCACAGCUUUUUUCUUUGUGGCUACGGCAGGAAUUUCCCUAACAAGUGUGCGCUCUUCAGUUUAAGAGAGGUGCCCACAUGCUGACCCAUGUUAUCUUGAGGCUGAUGUGCAAAUAGAGGCUAGAGAUCCCCAGGAAGGCUGUGCUCUCAGUCCCUGGGCCUGGUGGGCCUUCGCCACCGCCAGUCACACACUGACCUGAUCUCAGCAUUUCCAGUUUCCUUCUUUUUAACGUAGUUAGAGAUCUCUGUAUUCUCCACUCUGAUUCACAAAUUUAUUUGUCUCUAAGUUUAUAAGGUGUAAAAAUGAAAAAUGUGUGUUCUUUUUCCUUUGUUUCAUUUUUGAAAUAAACUAUUUAUCUCUUUCUACAAUUUAUUAAGUAGCGUACAUGUUCAUUUUGUGUUGGACACUGUGCUGGUCACUGUGCAGAAAGAUGAAUAAACUUUGUUCUCAGUA